AUGAAUAAUAAACAAUAAGAAUUAUUCAAAUUAUUGAAUAAUGCGAAUUUUAUCAUUUGUGCAUCCAUGGCAUUGAUAGCCCCUUUUUUUCCUCCGUUUGCUUUUGAAUAAGGGUUAUCAAAAACAUUAGUAGGCAUAAUUGUUGCAUUGCAUCCAUUGGGGGGAAUUUUCGGGUCAAUCAAAAUUGGAGAAGUGCUUAACGAUAAGAAUAGAUAAAUAAUGUUGACAGGCUCAAUGAUUGUUUAAGCUAUAUGCUUAUUUCUUUUCAUCCUAAUUUAUUUAAUAAAAACUUAUUGGUAUAUAACUAUAAUUUCAUUGGUCUCAAGAGUUGCGUAUUCAGUUUUCAUUACAUCUUUUUAUUCUUAUAUUCCAUUUUUAUUCCCGGAAGAACAUGAGCAAAAAAUAGCUUUGGCUGAGGCAGCUUCUGCACUCGGAUAUAUGCUUGGACCAAUGAUAGGGUCCCUUUUAUAUUCAAUAGGAGGUUUCACUUUCCCCUUUAUUACCUUCAUCAUUUUUUCUAUAUUGUGUGGUUAUUAUAUUCACAAUUAUGAAUUUGAAAUUAAGAAAAAAGAAUGCGAGAUAGAGAUGAUAGAGAUAAAUCUUCAUUCAUAACAUUCCGAGCCCUAAAUGGAAUAGCCUUUACAGUAUUUGGAGGUUCUCCAACAAUAUGAUGUUUAUAUCAAUGCUUUAAUGUGUGUAAUGGUGACAACUUCAAUAACCAUCAAUUUCCCAUUAAUGGCUUAAUAUAUGCAGGAUCACUACCAAAUAUAGGAGUCCACAGUUGGGUUUUAUAUGGGAUUAUAACCUAUGUGCUAUACCGUAGCUACAAUUUUGAUAACAAAAAUUCAGAAUCCAAAUAAACCAUAUUAUAUGGUUGCCUUUCAACUCUUAAAUGGAUUAGCUCUUUUUUUUUAUGGUCCUGAUCCUGCAUUUACUGGAAUUGAUAGAAAUUUAUUAAUUUGUUGCAUCAGCUUAGCUGUUACAGGAGUUGCAUAAUCAUUUCCUUUAAUUUACAGUUUACCUUAAUUAAAUGAAUCCUUGGUAGAAUUAUAUCCAAAUUCAGUGAAACAAUGUAAUAAUUUUGCAUCAGCAAUAUUCUCUGCUUCUAUUUCGUUAGGAGAAUUCUCAGGUCCUUUUAUUGGGGGGUUUUUAUCCAAUUUUUGUGAUCUAGACAGAAUUGCUUCUAUUACAGGUUUGCUAGCACUCGCUAUGUGUAUCUCAUACAUCCCAUUUUUAUAAAAGCAUAUGAAAAAAUGA